AUGAACCGUGCCCUCUCGUCGCCGAGUUCUGGAGAUGACUUUAGCCGCCCUAUCUAUACUGAAAGAUAUGAUUCUAAUUUCGCGGCGCACUUUUCAACCCCUGGGUUUGUACCGAUAUCUUAUUCUCAGCAUUAUCCUUAUGAGGUUGAUGUCAAGACUGAACGCCAAACAUUUGUGAACGAUGUGCCUCUGCGACAUGACUCUUCAGUCUCAACCUUCAAUGCGAUGGGCCCACCACAACUUCACGCCACACUUCCCACUUUCCCGUCAGAUGAAUGGUUUCAAGACGAAUAUUUUGACUCUUCUCGUCAAUUUUCCCAGGCAAAUACAGUACUGGGUGGUCCUGGUGUUGGACAAUCUCAGGCCUCCCUGCAAGCCAAUAUCCCCGUCAAUGACUAUGACCGGCCACUUCUGGAUCAUUUCGUGGACAAUGUCUUGCGUAUGAUUUUCCCAAUCCUGGAAGUUCAUCAGCGUGGUUCUGCCCGGGCUCGGUCUGUUCUUCAGUCCUUGGAAACAAACAAGUCAUACUUCCAUUGCUGUCUUAGUGUCGCUGCGAUCCACCUCAAAACGACAAGUCGAUUGAAUGGUGAACAGAUCGACCACGAUAUUAUGCGUCAUCGCUAUGAAGCUAUUUCCGAAUUGUGCAAAGCACUGAAUAAGGACGCUGACCAUGAACACAUUCUGGAUGCCACUCUUGCCAUGAUCUUCUUUCAUUGCUCGGUUGGAGCGCCCGAUGAUUACCUCCCUGAUAUCCCCUGGAACGACCAUUUCCAAGCUGCGUCAAACCUGGUCAGCAAACUGGAUUUAACCAACCAAUUGAUUCCAUGUGGCCCGAUGCACACAGUGCCCCCCUUCAGCAUGUCUUUAACUUCCUGGAUUGACAUUCUGGGUGCCACAAUGCUUGGAAAAACACCCCAGUUUGCUCACUCUUAUCGUGCUAAACACCUGAGUGGAACAUCUUCUGGUCUCCGGGAACUCAUGGGAUGCGAUGACCGUAUCAUGUACCUCAUCUCUGAGGUUGCCUGUCUAGAAUCACUCAAAAUGGAGGGCCGCGUUGACUCCAUCGCUGUUUGCACACACGUGGCCGCUUUGGGCAGUCAGCUGGAAUAUACCGAAGAUGCGGAUACAACUCUAAUGAGCCCGUACUCACCGGGCACCGGAGCAAUUCGUCCCGAUGCAUUGACAAAAACGAUGACUGCCAUCUUCCGCAUUGCCGCCCGUAUCUACCUUUGCAGCCUCAUCCCUGGAGCCGAUCGCAAUCAGACCAGCACAAUUAAUCUUGUCAAUGCACUGACAGAUGCUAUGUCUUAUGUUCCAUCGGGACCUUUUGGCUUUGAUCGCUCUCUUGUAUGGCCACUUCUCAUCGCUGGUGCCUUCUCUACUCCUUCCAGCCCAUUCCGUCAGGUCUUGGAUGAUCGAGUGACUGCCUUGGGAGAUCUUGCUGACUUGGGAAGUAUUGGUCGCAUGUACCAAUUGUUGAACGAGUACUGGCGGUUAUCUGAUGAUCCUGUCAGUCCAUCCUUCCCUUCGGGGGAAACGAGCUCGAGGCAGGAUACCAACCCUCGGAGACGAGGCAGGAUGCUGGCCAGUCUGUUCCUCUUUCGCCACCUGGAAUGCGAGAAAUCAAGAGGCAGCAGGUUCACUGGCGAGAUGUCAUGA